AGACGAAUCCAGACACGUGCUUGAUUCAUUUCAGGGUUUAGCAACUCAACUCAAAAUUAGGGUUUAACUUUUCGAGCUUCGCAACAGCUUCGAAGAACAGUGAAUACAAUGAUUUCCGAAGCAGAAGCAGGUUCAAUGGUUUCCGUGGUUGCUUCGUUAUCCAAAAGCUUCGAUCAAGUUCCUCCUUCCGCCGUUCCGGCGGUGCUCGAUUGCAUUCUCGUUUCAACUGGUUUGUCUCCGCCGUCGCUCCUCGCUUCACUUAUCCAUCAUUUUCCUCGUUUUCUCAAGGACAUUAUCAAGGAGGACGGUACUUUGGAUUCUGAUAAAAGACACCGUUUGGUGUCAUUGGUGGGCGCAUUUUGUCAUCUCCUGAAGAAAACAGGGGCUGAUAGUGACACGAUACAACUGUUUGUGUGGAGGUGUUUUCUACCUUUAGCUAAGGUGCUACAGCCAUCUCAGCAUGAUUUGCUUAAUCAGAUAACAGAAUCGUUCAUGGAUGUUGUGAUUGGAACCAGCACCUUGGAGGUUCUUGAAGAAACUUUGGUGCCAGUUUUUUUAAGAUCAGUCCGUCUUUCAAUGGGGAUGCUUCAUAAUGUUGAUUUGUGCUUGUAUAAAUGGAGUACAGAACCGUCUCACCAGGGUUCACAUGAUAUAAUGGACAAGGAACAGUUUAUGUCUUCAUCAAAUUGUUUCAAACUGACAAUGUCAUGCAAUGUUUUGUCUGUAAUUCUGGAAGUUGCCCUUCAGUUUCUGAAUACAGAUGCAGUCUCCAAAUCAGUAGAAAGAGAAGGGUGUAUUGCAGAUACAUUUGUGAAAGUUUUGAUUUUGGAAUUAUGUAAUAUGAGUGAACGGAUGCUUUUACAUAGUCCAGAACAUAGGUCUUGUGCAAUUGGCUUUCUUCUUCCUAUUAUUCUCAAAGCAUUCUCUGCCAUCGGCUCAUUUGAAAUCUCAAUCCGUGGGCUUAAACAUGGGUUUUCUCGGGUGUAUUUCUUCAUGAAAAUAUGGAACUGCUGCAAAACCCUAUUUUCAAUGGGACCUCUUGAGAGAAGAGAGGCUUACAAUACACUUUCUCUGUAUUUCUCUUUUUCCUGGCCAACAGAAGAAUAUGAAAUGUCGGAUAGUGAUACGGUCAUUAAAGCAGAAGGAUUUGACAUAAGAGCAGAAAAAGAGUUCUGGGAUGAAAUAAAGACGGGGCUGGUUGACAAGGAGAGUUUAGUGAGGAAGCAGAGCUUACAUAUACUGAAGAUGGCUCUGAGUAUACAAGAAGGAACCAAUUCCCUCUCUAGCAUUUCAAAAAGCAAUACCAAUGGAAAGUGUUCAGUACCUCGUGGGGUGACAAGGAAGGAACGAUGGGCUUACAAGGAAGCCAAGUCACUUGGUGUGGGGAAGCUUUCAACGAUAGAUGAGCUGAUUUAUAACAGCCAGCAGUAUUGGGGUGCAUUUGUGCUUUUAUAUGAGAUGCUUGAAGAAUAUGGUACUCAUUUAGUUGAAGCAGCUUGGAAUCAUCAGGUCUCUUUAAUGCUUCAAUUUUCUGAGUCGCAUCUCAAUGUUGCAACCAAUAUCAGUAAAGCUCAUCAAGAUCAAUUUGAAAUAUAUGGGGAACCUUUUGAUUGGUUAUCUAUAUUAUGGGAACGAGGCCUUUGUCAUGACAAUCCUCAAGUAAGGUGCCUGAUCAUGCAGUCUUUCCUUGACAUCAAUUUGGAGAAUUAUGGGAACUACAUAAAAUCAGUGCCUGAAACCUUUGUUCUCGGUCCAUUUUUGCAAGGGUUGAAUGAUCCAAUACACCAUAAAGAAUUUGGUUGUAAAGGAGUUUACACAUCAACCGUGAUUAAAUGUGCAGCCCAGUUUUUACGGCAGUACGUUAGUUUUCUAGCUCCAAGGAAUCUCUUUGCAUUUUUAUGCAAUUUAGCAUCCACUGCUAAACAUCAAUCUUUUGGACGGGCUGGACUUAUGGGCCUUGCUGAAUGCAUUGCUUCAGCUUCUACUGGCAUUGGAAUACUUAUUCAUGCCAGUACUGAAUCAUUCACAGACACUUCUCCAGUGGAACUUGUUAUUGGAAUGGAAAAUCAAACUGUUAAAAAAGAGUUACUGGAUAUUUUUAGAUAUGUUGUUGAGAGCAGCAAACAACAUUUUAAUCCCAGUUACCGUCUUCAAGUUUGUGGCAGGAUUCUUGAGGCUGCUGCUUCUGUGGUGUGCACAUUUGAUAUUCCUCUUGAAACUCUUUUGCUUUUCAUUUCAGCCUUGCCACGUGAGUUCACAGAUUAUGGUGGCCAAUUAAGGUUGACUGUGCAACGAUGGCUCUCUGGUUGUGGUUACAAGGAUUGCCGUGCCAAUUGCUGUAUUAAUGAGAUGAAGCUCUGCAAGAAUCUUUAUGACUUCCCACAGAGCUUUAUCAGCAAUCAUCUUUCCAUGGAUACUUCUCUUAAUUUUGAUGAUGGUGACUUCAGUGCAUGGGAGUUCGAGGCAAAUAGAUGGGCAAGAGUGCUUUUCCUUGCAAUCACGGAGGAACAUCCUCUGGAACCUAUUUUAAUGUUCAUUCAAAAAAUUGGCUCUAAUAUCUUCAAGCAAAACCAUGAUGCAACUUACACAGGAGUCAAAUUACUGAUUCUAGCCUCAAGCUUGGUUCUGGAGCUUCGUAGAACAACAGAAAGAGUGAUUCAAUAUGGCAACAAUGCCAGAACAAAUAUAGGGAGUGGCUUUCCUGGUGUAGUUGAUGAUUUGAGUUUCAUAGACGACAUUUCUUCGAAGCUUGUUGAUACAUUUCUGUAUUUGUUGGAUGAUCUAGUUCAAUUUGCAAACCAGUCUUGUUCUAUUUUCUGGUCUGGUGCUGUUGAAGAGGACACUGCACUUCCUGGUGCGGUUAAAGGAAAACUUGGAGGUCCCAGUCAGCGAAGGUUGCCAAUUUCUGCCACCACUGCUGUAUUGCAGGCGGUGAUGUCAGUGAAGGCCAUGUCGUUAAUUUUGUUGUGGUGCAAACAAAUUAAAAAAGAUGCUUUGCUUAGCUCUGCCUUUACUUUCAUGUGGCAAUUCUUCUGGAGGACAACUAGAUCACCUCAUUCUUUCUCAGAGACACAGGCAGAAGUUUGUCUCGCUGCAUAUGAAGCAUUAGUCCCAGUUCUCAAAGUUCUAUCUUCCACAUACUGUUCUCAAUCUUUUCAUCUCAUUGAUGAAAAUGAGCAAUUGUUUUCAGAAACAGAAGGAGGGCCUCAGUUAGAUCGUAUGUGUGUAUCUUUCGUUCAAAAUAUCAAUGAUCUCCUAGGGGCCGGAAUUUUGGCAAGAACUCGAAGGGCUGUUUUGUUGGAUAUAAAGUGGGCGUGCCUAGAAUCUUUGCUGUCAAUUCCUUCUCAUGCUCUCAAAAAUGGGUUUCAUUUGGAGGGUAUCAAUGCUUGCUUCUCAGAUGACACUCUGAGAAGCAUUUUUGGUGAUCUUGUUGAGAGCCUUGAAAAUGCUGGAGAAAGUUCUGUUUUACCCAUACUGAGAUCACUCAGAAUGUUGUUUGAGCUAGUUGCCAGAGUGACACCAAGUGCAGUUGUUUCCUGUAGCAAAGUGAUAGAUGCACAGUUGAUGUGGAAUUUGGUCCAUUCAUCUUGGAUAUUGCAUAUAAAUUGCAACAAACGAAGAGUUGCUUCGAUUGCUGCUCUUUUGUCAGCUGUUUUGCACCCUUUGUUAUUUAAUGAUGAGAGCAUGCAUCAAAAAGACAAUGCACCAGGACCACUGAAAUGGUUUAUAGAAAAUCUUCUUGAGGAAGGCACAAAAAGUCCUCGAACAAUUCGACUUGCUGCAUUGCACUUAACGGGGUUAUGGCUCUCAAAUCCUAUGAUUAUAAAGUUUUAUUUGAAAGAGCUUAAACUGCUCUCACUCUAUGGUUCAGUUGCAUUUGAUGAGGAUUUUGAAGGUGAGCUAGCUGACAAUAAUGAUGCUAGGCUGGAGGUCUCUUUAUUAGCCGGGAGCCCUGAUCCUGAGCUGACAGAAGCAUUUAUUAAUACAGAGUUGUAUGCACGCGUAUCUGUUGCUGUUCUGUUUUACAAGUUGACAGACUUGGCUUGUAUGGUCGGAUCACCAAAAGAAGACACUAAUUGCAUUGCUGCAUUGGAUUCCGGCAAAUCAUUUCUGCUAGUGCUUCUUGACUCUGCGGUCAAUGAUAAAGAUCUUGCCAAGGAGUUAUACAAAAAAUAUAGUUCUAUUCAUAGGCGCAAAAUACGUGCUUGGCAAAUAAUAUGUAUCUUGUCUCCAUUUGUCGAGGAAGAUAUAGUUGGGAAAGUUUUAAAUUACUUGUACAUAUCACUUAAUAGAAAUAACUUACCCGCUGUUCGACAAUACUUGGAGACGUUUGCAAUUAACAUAUACUUAAAAUUUCCAUCACUAGUUAACGAACAAUUGGUCCCUAUAUUGAGGGAUUAUGAUAUGAAACAACAGGCACUAUCUUCAUAUGUUUUUAUUGCUGCUAAUGUCAUUCUCAAUUCAUCUAAAGAUGUUCAAUCUGGGCAUUUGGAUGAUUUGUUUCCUCCUCUUGUUCCAUUAUUAACUUCACAUCAUCACAGCUUACGUGGUUUUACCCAGUUACUAAUAUAUCAAAUUCUGCAUAAACUGUUUCCAAUGUUGAAUUAUGGAUCUUCCGACAUACCACCUUUAGAAAAGAGGUGCUUUGUAGAUUUGAAAACAUACCUUGCAAGGAAUUCUGAUUGUGCACGCUUACGUGUGUCGAUGGAAGGAUACCUUGAUGCUUAUAAUCCAAAUAGCUCUGCCACACCUGCUGGAAUAUUCAUCAAUCGAGCUGAGGAAAACAAUUUUGAAUGUGUUCCAACGUGUCUCAUGGAGCAGGUUCUCAAAUUUUUAAAUGAUGCUAGAGAAGACUUACGAUGUUCGAUGGCAAAGGACGUGGUAACUAUAAGGAAUGAGACUCUAAAAUUCAAUGGAGAUGAUUGCAUGGAAAAAUUAUCUGGUGGCAGUGAAGCAGCCUUGUUUAAGGAUAUGUCCUCAGAUUUCCAGAAAAAGAUAACAUUUACCAAACAUGAUGCGGGGGACAAUGAUGCAGGUUUAUGUUGCGACGAUGAUGAAACUUACCGAAAAAUGGCUGAGAUAGAAAGGGAUGAUCUUCUUCUGGACCAAGUUUUGCAAUCAAGAAGAUCGUCUCUAGAUCAACAAAAGGCUAGUCGACAGAGUUUCAUCCUUGUAGCAUCACUUAUUGACCGCAUACCCAAUCUUGCUGGUUUGGCACGUACGUGUGAGGUGUUUAAAGCAUCAGGGCUGGCAAUUGCUGAUACAAACAUCAUAAAUGACAAACAGUUCCAACUAAUCAGUGUGACAGCUGAAAAGUGGGUGCCGAUCAUAGAAGUCCCUGUAGAUAGCAUAAAGACAUACUUGCAGAAAAAAAAAAGAGAAGGAUUUUCCAUAUUGGGUUUGGAGCAAACUGCAAACAGUGUACCUCUUGAUCAGUAUAUCUUUCCAAAAAAAAUGGUCCUGGUUCUCGGCCGAGAGAAAGAAGGUAUACCGGUGGAUAUAAUCCAUAUUUUGGAUGCUUGCGUCGAAAUACCCCAAUUUGGGGUUGUGAGAUCUCUCAACGUUCACGUCAGCGGCGCUAUUGCUCUCUGGGAGUAUACUCGACAACAGAGAUUUAGAUAGUCUAUAAUUUUACAAGCCAACCACAUCACAUUUAAAAUAUUGGGAAUUAAGGCAUUUUGCUCCCAUGUCGGUCCAUCAGAAUAUAUUUCAGGCUUUAGCCUUUUGGACUGACUAUGAAAUUAAUCUCCCAUUAGGGAAUACACUUCAACCAACUCUGUUGGUAAUAUUUGUUGUAUUUUACACUAGAGAUUGGGACCACUUGCAUUUCUUUCAGAAACUCAAUAGCUGUGAUAUUUUUGUUAUUUUCAUUUGCCGUGAGACUUACAAACCCUUUGAAUCUCUCAAAUAACAGUUUCUGUUAAUUUGCUAAAGGGCCGUCAAUAUAUGAUUUGUCAAGUGUUGAUACGUUUCAAUAAAAUGUUAUGGUUGCGUCUGUUUUAAACAAAGAUGCAGCUCCAACAGACUCUAAGCCAACUAUGUAAACAGCUUUGAAUAUGGGUGUAACGAAGACCCACCUGCAUGGCAAUAGAUUUUUUUAUUUUUUUGAAAGGGUGAUGACAAUAGUUGUAUUCCUGUAAAAAUAAAAAAGAAAACAGUUGUAUUGUUUUAAAA